AAACGUGAAUGAACUGCACAGUAAUGGGGAUAUCUGUGAACCGGGGCGCUCGCAUUUCCACUAAGAGACAGACAGACGGCACGGAUGACUAACAGACUCAACUCGACGUCCAAUGGUGCGAUUUAAAAACGGGAGCCCGUGUCCAUUUGUCGUACUAGUGCUCAUAAGCUUUUUUUUUUUCUGAAAACGCUACAGCUGGUCUUCAAAAUAUAGCACUAUUUGGAAGUUAACACCCGAAAUAGCAGGAUAAUCGCAAGGAUAGUCUGGUUUAAUCAUUCUACAGACCGACAAACACCCAAGUUCCGGACUCAGAAGUGUCUCCUUCUCGCUGCCUUUUGAAGACGGAAUAUCAAAACUAUCCCACGAGGAGACAUCUUACAAUCAAAACCUUGGCUACUGAAGAAUGACCUACAAAUGAGUUAUCCUGCAGGACUGUGGUCUCUCUCCGGCCGGGGUGUCUUCUAGAAGGGGGCCCCUCCUGACCACUAUGAAAGGGUUAGGAGCCAACCGCCACCGCCACCUUUCGGACUCCUGCGACCCCACCCAGGGCCCACCGGAGCCCCUUUAUCCCCACCCAGCCUCCACCCUGCCCCGGAGCCCCUACCUCCUCAGCCCUGCCAACAUGGACCACUACGGCACCAUGGACCCCCACCACUACAACCCCAGUAUGGACCUGCAUCAGAACCAGGGCUCCCUGCCACCUGACUACGCGCUCUCCCUCAACAACCAGAUGUCCAACAGCAGCACCUUCCCCCGGAUCCACUACGACCCCCACUACGACCCCCACUAUGACCCCGGCGACUUCUCCCCACAACAGGGGGACAGCAUCGGGGGCAUCAGCACGGGCACCCUGGGCCCCUCGGUGUCCGUGGGCGCGGGCGGCAUGGUGGGCCUGCAGAGCGGCCGGGGUGCCGUGAUCACCAGCGGCUCGGCCACCAUAUCCGGCGGGACCAAGACCAACCGUCAGGUGACGCCCAACCUCCUGGAUCAGCUGGACAGGCAGCUCCCGGGCGCGCCGCGCGACGGUUUCAGCACGCUGCAGUUCCACCGGAGCACGUCGUCCGCCCUGACGGCUGCCUCCAAGCAGCGCACCGACAGCCCAGGCCGCAUCCGGAACCUGGUGUGCUCCGUCCAGAAGCUCUUCGCCAAGUCCCAGUCCGUGGACGGCCACAACCUGAAGGGCAUCAAUGGGCGCUCGGGGGCAGGCAGUGGAAGCGGCGGGACCUCGUCCGGGACGGACGACGGGGGGAAGCGGGACCGGCGGGCCAAGAGCAAAGACCGGGGAGGCGCCAAGUCGGACGGGGGCGGCACGGGUAAGCGGCGGCCACGUUCCAACAUGUCGGGCUACUGGAGCUCGGACGACCUGGACAGCGCCGACCUGAGCAACUACCGCAACCCCAUGGCGAUGACCUUGGGACGCCCGACCAGCCACGGCACCCAGCACGGUGCUACCUUCGACGACCAGCAGGGGGCACUGUCGCAGCAGCAGAGUCGCUACGCGGUCCACAGUGGCUACAACACCAUCAGUUCAUCCAAGAGCAACAGUGAGGUGACAAAGUAUCAGCAGACGACGCCGGGACCCGGGAGCGGGGGAGGCGCGGGCAGUAUGGGUGUGAACAGUAAUGACCUCAUAAAGGGGGGUUCGUGGUCGACACUGACCCUGGGUCAGCCAAGGCAGGUGCUGCAGAAGGGCCACUCGGCCACUCUGGACAGGUCCAUGCUGAAGUCCAAGUCGUGCCAACAGGAGCUGGCCUGUCAUUACCUGCAAGUUGGCCGCCGGGGGGACUGGUGCAACACAGUGGGUCGCGCCGGCGGGGGAGGCGGAGCCAACGAGAUCCCGUGCCGCCGGAUGCGCAGCGGCAGUUACGUGAAGGCCAUGGGCGACCUGGAGGACAGCGACGACUCGGACGGUAGCCCCAAGCCCUCGCCCAAAAUGGCCGCCCGCCGACAGAGCUACCUGCGGGCCACCCAGCAGUCUCUCAGCGACCAGCUGCCGCCACACAAGAGCAGCAGAGCCCUGGAUUACGCCAUGCUGCAGGGGGAACUAGAGGCACUGUGGUCUCCUCUGCACAGUGUCUCCUCUCUGCACCAACUGGGCAGCUGUCUUCCCUCUCUGAGAGAGCUGUCCACCAACCGUAGCCUGGACAACCUGGACUGUUUGGGGGGUCCGAUUGGGGGCUCCUCGUUCCCCCGCUGGGAUGAUGAGGACUUCAACCAGGGGGGCGGCUGCAGCACCCUGGGGAGGAGCAGCUGCAUGGGCCAGCUACGGGACCUGGAGAUGAUGAGCCAGCGCUACGAGGAUAGCGGCUCGGAGUCGGUGUUCCGGGAUUCCCACACGCUCUCGCGCUCCCAUUCCCAGGUGGCUGAACCUCCGGAUCUACCCAUGCCCACGUGCUUCAGAUCCCGUAGCCAUAGCUACCUGCGGGCCGUCCAGGCCGGGUGGUCGCAGGACGACGACACCGGUUCCAUCGACUCGGAUUCGCCCCCGCCAACCGCCACCACGGUUCGUACCUACAGCACGAGCACUGUCUCCACGUGCAUCACCACCUGUAAGAAGCCGGCUCCUCCCCCCGUGCCUCCCCGCACCACCUCCAAGCCCUACAUCUCAGUGACCAUCCAGAGCAGCACCGAGUCAGCCCAGGACACAUACCUGGACCAGCAUUCUGAGCGGGACCGCCGCAGCGAGACCAUCACCAGCCAGUCCAGCCAGGCCCAGAGCAACUCCUCCGACAGCCUGGACAGCACCCGGGCCAACAGCCUGGCCCGCGGAGUCCCCCGGCCCAUCCCCACGCCUGUCGCCACCCCCCGGGAAAACUUCGUCAACGCCGCCGCCGUCCACCACGCCGCCACAGGUACUGAUACGAACGACUCGUUCCAGCGUGAACCUCCGAGGACGACGGCCACCAACAGGGGGAGCCUGACGGCUGAAGAGCCCCGAGCUGAGAUUGUUCCCCGGAGGAAGCUUUCGUCCAUAGGCAUACAGGUGGACUGCAUUCAGGAGGAAGUCCAGCGAGAGCAGACACCAACGCCGCCAUUGGCCAGAUUCCAGUCGAUUGGAAUCCAGGCAGACGACAGUUGGCAGCCCGGUCACUCCAUCAGCAUGGCCUCCAGACAGGACACAGACUCAGACACGCAGGACGGCCCGGUCACCUCCAGCACCAAGCCCGCCCCUGAGAAGAAGAGCAUGGUCAACAGCGCCUGCCAAUCCGUGGACUCUCCCCUGCGCGGUGCCCCGCCCACCGCCAGCACGGGCACGUCGCCGCCACCGCUGCUGCGCCAGAUCCUCAAGCGCUCCACCACACGCUCCUCCUCCGACUCCUUCUCCGAGAGUCUGGACCCGGCCCUGGACCCCUCGUCCCUGCCCCCUCCAGACCCCUGGCUUGAGACGGGGACCGGGAACGGGGUCGGCGGUCACCCAAAUGCGGGAGCCCCUUCGGGACCCGCUUGCCGGCCGGACGGCCACUGGUUCCUGAAGCUGCUGCAGGCUGAGACGGGCCGCAUGGAGGGCUGGUGCCGACAGAUGGAGCAGGAGACCAAAGACAACCAGCUGUCAGAGGAGGUGUUGGGGAAGGUCCGCAGUGCAGUAGGCAGUGCUCAGCUCCUGAUAACCAAGAAAUUUGAGCAGUUCAGAGGACUGUGUGAACAAAACUUGAAUGUGAAUGCCAAUCCUCGGCCCACAGCCCCUGACCUGGCCGGCUUCUGGGACCUCCUGCAGCUGUCCAUCGAGGACAUCAGCCUGAAGUUCGACGAGCUCUACCACCUCAAGUCAAACGAUUGGCAGACCGGCCCCAUGCUCCACUCCCCCCCUGAUCGGAAGGAGGACCAGAAAGAGCCCCCUCCAGUGCCAAAGAAGCCCGGUAAGGGGAGGCCAGCGCUGGGCCGUGAGAAGAGCGCGGACUCCGUCUCUUCCACCUCCUCAGCGGAGAAGCAGCGGACGGAGGCCCGCAAACGCCUGCUGGCCGCCAAGAGGGCUGCCUCGGUCCGGCAGAACUCCGCCACGGAGAGUGCCGACAGUAUCGAGAUCUACGUCCCCGAGGCCCAGACACGCCUCUGAGGGAGAGAGAGAGAGA